AUGGUGGAAGACUUCCCCGUCCCGGAAACCCGUGUGCUUGCGGUUGCUAGCCAUGUGGUGUCUGGGAACGUCGGAAAUAAGAUUGCCGUCUUCGUCCUUCAGUCACUUGGCUGUGAAGUUUCGGCGUUGAACACAGUCCAGUUCAGCAACCACACUGGGUACGGCCAAUGGAAAGGCUCGAGAGUGUCGGCCGAGGAGAUUACCGACCUGUACAACGGCCUCAAACAGUCAUACCUAGACGAGUUUGAUAUGAUGCUCACGGGGUAUAUACCUGGAGCUGCAGCCGUGAACGCUGUAGGCGCUAUUGCCAAAGAGCUUCAGGGCAAGACAGAGUCAGCACCGGGUACCUUCUUUUGGGUUCUUGAUCCUGUCAUGGGAGAUAACGGUAGGUUAUACGUCGCAGAAGAUGUGGUGCCAGCCUAUCGGUCCCUGAUCCCGUACGCCGACCUGAUCUUGCCAAAUCAGUUCGAAGCCGAAGUACUCUCGGAAGUAAAGAUCAACGACAUGGAAACACUGAAGCAAGCCAUCAGGACGAUGCACGAGAAAUUCGGCAUUCCGCACGUAAUGAUCACUUCGGUCAAUCUAGAAAGCACCGGUUUAUUCCCGGACCACCUCUGUGUCGUGGGAUCAACCAUGACAUCCGAUCGCAAGGCCCGGCUUUUCAAGAUCCAGUUUCCUGCUAUGGACUGCUAUUUCAGUGGCACCGGAGACAUGUUUGGUGCCCUGACAGUAGUGAGAAUGCGAGAGGCCGUUUCCAAGACUCCCGGUUUGAUGGGAGUAUCCUCUUGGGUGAGUGAGGAUUCGGUCGAUGCUCUUGACCUUCCGCUGGCACGAGCCGCUGAGAAGGUGGUGGGAAGCAUGCAUCAAGUUCUGUCCAAAACUUUAGAAAGUAUGAAAGCGGCAUUGAAGCCGGCCGCGAACGCACAGAUCGGCGACGGCCCUGAUGCAAACCAAUCUCAACUUGUUAGGUCCAAAGCUUCGGAGCUACGCCUCGUGAGGAAUUUGUCUUGUCUACAGAACCCUACACAAGAAUUCAAGGCUAUUAGAAUUUAA